GAAAACAGAAACUACUGCAGUUAAAAACAUGAAUAUGGAAGAGUCUUCUGAAGAGGAGCCCCAGAACUUGACUGAGGAUGAGGAAGAAGUCAGCGAGGAGGAAGAAGAAAGCGAUGAAGAAGAAGAGGAAGAAGUCAGCGAGGAGGAAGAAGAGGAAGAAGAAAGCGACGAGGAGGAAGACGAAGAGCCUAUCCAGGAGAUUAUUGAAACUCUUGGAAAAGACCAGCUGAUUGCUCUUUUAAAGGAGUCUGUCUCAAAGUUUGUUGAUAUAAUUGGGAGCGUGCAGAGAUUGGCUGAUUUGGACCCUGCACACAGAAAGAUUUUUGUUCAUGGUCUUGACUGGGAUUCUAACAGGGAAACUCUAAUAAGGGUAUUUAGCAAGUACGGUGAGAUUGAGGAUUGUAAGCUUGUUUAUAACAUGGUAGGCAAGUUAAAGGGGUUCGGCUUCAUUCUCUUCAAGCACAGGAGUGGAGCCAGGAAGGCACUGAAACAUCCACGGAAGAAAAUUUGUAAUCGAUUGACCUCUUGCCAUUUGGCAUCAGCUGGAUCUGUUCCUGCUCCUCCUCCUCCUCCUGUAGAUCCACCAGUGUCGGAGUAUACGCAGAGAAAGAUUUUCGUAAGCAAUGUGUCUGCUAACAUUGACCCACAAAAACUAACCGAGUUCUUUUCUAGAUAUGGGGAGAUUGAAGAGGGGCCUCUCGGAUUAGAUAAACAUACUGGGAAAUUUAAAGGUUUCUGUCUUUUUGUGUACAAGAGCAUGGAGAGUUCUAGAAAAGCAUUGGAACAGCCUUAUAAGAGCUUUGGAGGGAAGACAUUGAACUGCCAGAAGGCAAUUGAUGGCCCCAAACCAAAGUUUCCUUAUCAGCAGUAUCAUAAUCAGCAUCUUUCUUCCAAAUACACAUCUGGCAACCUCAUUGCACCUUUCGGACCUGCUCUUGGAUUUAACCCAGCUGUUGCAGCUCCAGCUCUGGGUCCUUCAAAUAGACAGGCAUUGACUGCUCUUCUCACCUCGCAAGGAGCUGGUUUAGGGGCAACAAUGAAUCAGGGCAUGCCGCCAAUGACGAACAAUCCUGGUUAUGGGAACCAGGUUGGAGCCAGCUAUGGUGGUAGUCAACCAGCUUACAUAAACCAGGGUGGUUACCAAGACCCCCAGUUAGGGCAAGGAUCAACUUGGCCAGAUUCAGGUGGUGCUUCAAACAUGGAUUAUGAACAGUAGGUAAAUGAAAGAUUCCUUCAUAGAUGCAUCCAAACUUUAAUUUUCAACUAUGGUGAUCCCUUGAAGUUCCUGGCGCUCUUCAGACUAUGUAUUCGUAUUUCUAUCAAAAAAUGACCACUGCUUCCCAAAUUUCAGAAGGGAUAUGUGUGUUUUUCUUUUAACCAUCUAUUCAUUUAAUGUUUUCAAAACAUUGUGUAUUUCAACUUAUAUGCCUUUUACAACA